CUAUAUAUACUGCCUUAACGUGAAGUAACUCAUUCUCAAGCUCUGCCACAUCCGAAGUUCAAAGUAGCCAUCUUCUAGUACUCUCAUUUUACAAAGCCAUGGCUUUCAUGAUCAGAGCCUUGGCUGUGGUGGUGGCGAUGAUGGCUGUGGUGCUGCAAGUUUCGAAUGCAACUGAAUACAAGGUUGGAGACUCGGCUGGAUGGACCACCAUCGGAAAUGUCAACUACAAAGAAUGGGCUGCUACCAAGACCUUCCGAGUUGGAGACGUUAUCAAAUUCACAUACAAUGCUCAGUUUCACAAUGUACUUCGAGUUACACAUGCCAUGUACAGGUCCUGUAAUGUUUCAGUCCCUUUGGAGUCCUUCAGCACCGGAAACGAUUCCAUCACAAUGAAGACCAAAGGCCACCAUUUCUUUGUUUGCGGUGUUCCCGGUCACUGCCAAUCCGGUCAGAAGGUCGACAUCAAUGUACGCAAUGUACCAAUUGCUGCAACUCCUUCUGCAUUGCCCUCCCCUACUACAAUUGCUGCUGCAAAGACUCCCGCACCGUCUCCAAAUAUGGCUGCUCCCCACAAAAUUGCGUUGCUAGGAUUAAUAACAAUUGCAACUCUAGCAUUUUUUGCUUCUGGUUAA